ACAUUGUGCUCAGUAUUAUUUUUAAUUUCUGACGGAAAAAGCAACGUCGUGUGCAAUGAGUGAAGCAAGUUGGAAAACUGCCGAAUUCUUUAAGGACGCAAUAGUACGCGAUCUUUCCCUGGAGUGUACUGAUUCGUUUACAAUCACAUCAUUUGAAGUUGGCAAGGCGAAUGAAAAAACGGCAGGCUAUAUGUCCAACAUCUACCGAGUGUUGAUCGAGCUGAAGUUUGACAAAGGAACUGCGAAGCCGACAUCGCUGUCAUACAUUGUGAAGGAAAAAACAGACACAGCAUUCGGAAGUGGUCUGGUUGAAUUGCUGUCCGUUUUUCCCAAAGAGAGUGAAGUGUACGAGAAGCUAUUGCCCGCCUUUGAGCGUCUCGUGCAGAACGAAGAAGAAACGGUACGAUUUGGACCAAAAGUAUUCAAAACAACUACCAACCCUGACACGGUAAUUGUGCUGGAGGAUCUUUCGCGCAGUCAGUUUCGGAUGCGGGAGAAAAGUUUCGGUCUUUCUGUAACAGAUGUUAAAAGGAUACUUGAGAAAUUGGCCAAAUUUCAUGCCGCAUCGGUGCUUUAUGUGGAGAAAAAUGGAGCGUUUUCGGAUCUCUUUGUCGAGGGUGUAAUUUCGGAACGCACAAUUGACGCACUGCGCGGACACUACGAGUCGUUAUAUAGUGCCUUUGUACAAAGUUUGCGUGAUCGUAACAUGCCUGCCGAAUACUUGCAGCCACUGAUCAAAUUUGAUGGACAAUUGCUGCGUGAAUGCUGUAAGGCACAGCAGGUGCAUCAUUCUGAGCUGAAAGUCUUAAACCAUGGCGAUCUGUGGCCCAACAAUGUUAUGUUCGGGACAGAUGAUCUACGGUUUUUGGAUUUUCAAACUGCAUCGUAUGGGUCGCCUGCAGCAGAUUUGCUGUACUUCUUUGCCACAUCCGCUACGGAACUGAUGUGUGAUUCUUUGGAGGAGCUGUUGCAAUACUACCAUGAACAUUUGGUGAAAACAUUACAACAGCUGCAGUACUGUAAAUCAAUUCCAACGUACACGGAGAUGCUUGAUCAGAUGAGGCGUCGCAGUGUACUAUUGCUGCCGCCUCUAUCGGAAGCAGUAGCAAUUACGAUGUCUGGUUUGACGGAACCAUCGGAUAUGGAAAUGAUAACAUCCGAGCAACCGGAAGGCGUUGCGCUACGGAAACUUGUGUAUAACAAUCCGGCAUACGUCGCACUGAUUGAUCGGCUGCUUCCCAAGCUUUAUGAAUUACGGUUGUUGAAAUGAGCUACAAUUUCCUUACAAG